GCUGCUUGGUUUUACGUAAGUUUUGGCCGCUGUCGUCAUGUCUCUGGUGGCGGGAGUGAUUAGGCGUCUAGAUGAGAAGGUGGUGAACCGCAUAGCUGCGGGGGAGGUCAUCCAGCGCCCUGCGAACGCCAUUAAGGAGAUGAUUGAGAAUUGCUUGGAUGCCAAAGCCACAAGUAUCCAGGUGACCAUUAAAGAGGGAGGCCUCAAACUGAUUCAGAUCCAAGACAAUGGUACCGGAAUUCGGAAAGAAGAUCUGGACAUUGUGUGUGAGCGAUUCACUACAAGUAAGCUGCAGUCAUUUGAAGAUCUGGCUUGCAUUUCUACCUAUGGCUUUCGGGGGGAGGCCUUGGCUAGCAUAAGCCACGUGGCUCACGUGACUGUGACGACAAAGACAGCGGAUGCCAAGUGUGCGUACAGAACGAGCUACUCAGACGGAAAACUCAAAGCGCCUCCUAAGCCGUGUGCAGGAAACCAGGGGACGCAGAUCACGGUUGAAGACCUUUUUUACAACAUAGCCACAAGGAGGAAAGCUUUAAAAAAUCCCAGUGAAGAGUAUGGGAAAAUCUUAGAAGUUGUUGGCAGGUAUUCAAUACACAAUUCUGGCAUCAGUUUCUCAGUUAAAAAGCAAGGUGAGACGUCGCCUGACGUGCGAACCCUGCCAAAUGCAACCGUGGUGGACAACAUUCGGUCCAUCUUUGGACAUGCUGUCAGCAGAGAGCUGAUCGAGGUGGGCUGUGACGACCCAGUGCUUGCCUUCAAAAUGAAGGGCUACAUCUCCAAUGCCAACUACUCUGUGAAGAAGUGCAUCUUACUACUCUUCAUCAACCACCGACUAGUUGAAUCUACAGCCUUAAAGAAGGCCGUGGAGAGCGUGUACGCGGCCUACCUGCCCAAGAACACACACCCAUUUCUUUACUUGAGCCUGGAAAUCGCCCCCCAGAAUGUGGACGUCAACGUGCACCCCACCAAGCACGAGGUGCACUUCCUCCACGAGGACAGCAUCCUGGAGCGCGUGCAGCAGCACAUCGAGAGCCAGCUCCUGGGCGCCAACUCCUCACGCACCUAUUUCACACAGACCCUGCUGCCAGGCGUUGCUGGCCCCAUGACUAAGGGGCUGAAAUCUGCCACUGGGUCCUCAGCACUGACCCAGGGAGGGGGCGACAAGGUCUAUGCCCAUCAGAUGGUUCGUACAGAUUCCCGCGAGCAGAAGCUUGAUGCUUUUCUGCGGCCCGUGAGCAGACCCUCAGCCGGGCACCCCCCGGCCCCGAGCGCCGAGUGCCAGCCAGCAGCCACAGUCAGCUGGCCUGAUGAGGAGAUGGAGGAGCUUCCAGAGAGCCCCAAACUAGCUGCAGAAGUGCCGGGGCCACCAGAAGGUCCCAAGAAAGCGGACAGGCUGCCCCCUGAAACAGACGGUUCCAGAAAGAGGCCGAGGGAAGAUUCUGAUGUUGAAAUGUUGCAGGAGGAAAUGACGGCAGCCUGCUGCCCGAGGAGGCGGAUGGUCAAACUCACCAGCGUCUUGACUCUGCAAGAAGAGAUCAGUGAGAGAGGCCAUGAAGCUCUGCAGGAGAUGCUGCACAACCACUCCUUUGUUGGCUGUGUGACCCCACAGUGGGCCUUGGCCCAGCACCAGACCAAGCUGUACCUUCUGAACACCACAAAACUCAGUGAAGAACUCUUCUACCAGAUACUCAUCUAUGACUUUGCCAACUUUGGGGUGCUGAGAUUAUCGGAGCCGGCGCCCCUGUACGACCUGGCCAUGCUUGCCUUAGACCAUCCAGAGAGCAGCUGGAUGGAGGAAGAUGGCCCCAAAGAAGGACUCGCAGACUACAUCGUUGAGUUCCUGAAGAAAAAGGCCAAGAUGCUGGCAGACUAUUUCUCCCUGGAAAUCGAUGAGGACGGAAACCUGAUCGGAUUGCCUCUUCUGAUCGACAACUACGUCCCCCGACUAGAGGGGCUUCCCAUGUUCAUUCUUCGACUGGCUACUGAGGUAAACUGGGAUGAAGAAAAGGAAUGUUUUCAAAGCCUCAGUAAAGAGUGUGCCAUGUUUUACUCCCUCAGGAAGCAGUACGUAGUGGAGGAGUCCACUCUCUCUGGCCAAGAGAGUGAAGAGUGUGAAUCCGCUUCAGUCUCCUGGAAGUGGAUAGUGGAGCACGUGCUCUACAAAGCCUUCCGUUCACACCUCUUACCUCCUCAACGUUUCUCCGAGGAUGGGAGCAUCCUGCAGCUCGCCAAUCUGCCAGAUCUCUAUAAAGUGUUUGAGAGGUGCUGAAGAGUGUCACUUGGAAAUAGCUUAGGAGCACCCACCCAGCCCCUGCGGUAACUGGGCAGCAACCUCAGAAUCGAGGCGCAGUUAAAUGCUGGUUACUUCAACAGGUUACCCUUUCCUGUCCCCCCACAGAGCAGCCCAAAUGCCAGAAAUAAAUUGUUGUUCAGUA